AUGGACUUCUGGGGCCGAGCGCGAUGCUGCGACACCGCUCUCGGAGGCCGCAGCCGCGAGGUCACUAUAGGAGCUCUGACCCGGAGGCCCGCUCGCAUACGUGGCUCUCCCUCCGUCUCGUUAAACGAUCCAAUCAAUUCGAGUCCACUCUAA